ACGCGCAGAGCGUUGGAGGCGAUACAUUGCGACGUCCUGCGACUCUCCCCGUGACUCUCCACUCCUCGUGGCUCUCCCCGUGACUCUCUCUCUACUCCCCGUGACUCUCUACUCCUCGUGACUCUCCCCCCACUCCCCGUGACUCUCCCCCCACUCCCCGUGGCUCCCCCCCUGGUCCCCGUGACUCUCCCCGUGACUCUACCCCUGCUCUCUCUACUUCCCGUGGCUCUGGGGAGCGGGGGGGUCAUGGCGGUCCGAGCUCCCCCAGCAGCGGCCAGGAGUUUUGACUUCGCCUACGACCCUGUUUACACACUCUCCAGCGAGAGGGACCAGGCUCGUGUGCGACUCGUGGCUCAGACAACAAUGCAGACACUAGUGAAGGUGCCACACUAUGCCACUAUGUUCAGCUCCCUGCCGCACCGGCCUGCAUACUCACUUCGUCUGGAGGCCCGUAUCCCGCAGCCUGCUCUCCUUAUGACGGCACAUCGGCCAGGGAGAGAGACUAUGUGCGGCAAUGAGGAAGUGAGGGGGCGGAGCCGAUAUCGAUUCUUUCAGCGGCCUCAUAUUCCCUUCCUGCUGUCACAUCCCGUAGAGCUCAUCCUGCAGCAACCCCGGGCGGUGGGCGAGGAGCAUGGCGUGGCCAGAAUCCCUGCCGUACGUUCCGUGUCUGUUCAGACAGAUUUCAGGGACAGCGAGACUCAAACAGAGCCGUUCUCUCCUCCCUACACCGUCCCACCCGGAGUGCCAAUGCCAGAGAUCCUCACAUUAACCGCCCUGACACACGAGCGAGGUCUGCCGGCGGGGUUGGCGGAGGUGGAAAUGAUCGAGCGGCUUCGGGCUCGGCGAGCGUGGGAGGAGUCUCUGCCGUCCUUACAUGAUGCGGAGCGGAGAGACCAACGAAGGCGACUCAUGGAGGAGGCCGAGCGAAGAGAGUGGGCGUUCAGAGAGAGGGAGAUCCACCUCCUACAGGAGGAGCGUAUGCGGGUGUUGGAGGAGUUGUUGUGGCGCCGUGAGCAUGGCCGGGCCAAUGCGAUUGCCGCUCAAGUGGAUGUGAAGAGACGCGCCGAGGAGGAGCUCAGACGCGAGGCGCAGGACGUGAUCCGCAGACAACACCUGCGCUCGGUGCGCAAGCUGGUGGCGCGUUGGGUGCGAGUGGUGGAAGGAGCCGCGCCAAGCCGAGACGUUAUUCACGAUUACACUGACCCUGCGUCACGGGCGUUCGCUCCCCUCACUCGGCUGGGACAGUUCACCAAGACCCAGCACGGGCAUCCCACGGAGAAACAAGGGAGGCAGGUUCAGCCCCAGCUGCUCAACUCCUACCAUGGUCUUCUGGAGCUGGAAUCGUGUCUCCCAGCAUCCUUGUUCAACGUCCGUGUGUCUCAGCCGAAGAUGGACCCGCGGGCUGCCCGUCAGAUGGCUAUGAUGGAUGAGGCCUACAAGGCCUUGAGGGAGCGUCGUGAGAUGCAGGUGUCACCGCCCCUGCGUUUCCUGGAGCAAGUAGAGAAACCAGAACCAAGGCCUCCCACACCAACCACUCACACAUCCAGUCAGGAGGAGGAUAAGAGGGAACUGGCCGCCAUUUUUCUGCAAAAACUUCUGCGUGGGCGGUCCACUCAGAAUGAGAUGUUUGAGCAGAAGGAGUUGAGGCUGGAGCUGAUCCGGGAGGUUCGCAGCACACAUGCGCUGCAGGCAGCAGAGCAGGCAGCAUUGCGAGCCACCAAGCAGGCCACACUUGCAUUGCAGAGACAGCACGCGGUGCACCAGAAUCAGGUGGAGGAGCGCAGCAGCGUGCUGUCCGCCUGCGAGGGCUCCGCUCUCUCCCAUCUGCUGCUGCACACGGCGCAGGAGCUGGAGCGGCUGCAGGUGGAGCGGCGGCUUCAUGCCGCGUGCCUCCUGGCCGAGCGGCGGCGGCGGCGUCGCGAGGCCACCGAGGGCGGCCGGCGGCAGCAUGAAGAGCGAGCGCGGCGCGAGCACGAUGAGGUCUUCAAGCAGGUGGUUGGGGUUCACCAGGCCACAGUGGAUGAGUUCCUCGAGUCUGUGCUUCUCAAUGCCAUGGAGUCGACAUCUGAGGCUCAGGCUCGGCUCGAGGUGCAGAUCUUGACAGAGCAGCUCGACGAGAUGAGCCGAGAGACACGGCACAGUCUGACUCCACAUCAGGCCCAAGAGGUGGUGGCGGAGUUGGUUCAUGGAUUUCUCAUUCCAGAGACACAGCGGAGGGAAGUACGAGAAAAAGUGAAGGCGGCACAGCGACGCCACCUGGCAGCAGCACAUGGAGUUGUACUAGCAGCAGCCAGGAGUACAAAGCAAUCGGUAAUGCCUAACGAUGUAUUCACUUAUCACAAUGGUCAUCCUCUUGGGCAUGUUCCUGUCUUUGGCUGCCAUUCUGUCACCAUUCUUGUCCAUCAGAUAUCAUCGAUUGUAGCAAUCUUUCUUGCCCAAGCUCACUUUCCUAAACUGUUGAUAUAAUUUCUAUAAAUGUUCGUAUAUCUUGAUCUAUGUGUUCUCCUGUCUGUCAGUGUAAUUCUGUAAGCACGUAUCCUUCCAUGCUGCUCUGUGGACUUUUGAGCUUUUGUUCCGUUUUCUCAAUGUGUCCAUACAUAAGUUAUAGCAGGUAGUAUGCAAAGGAAACAUUCUUCUUUAUGCACAUUAGUAUGUUACAUAUCCCGCUGUGAAAACAGAUGUAACGUGAGAUGCAUGACAAUGUAGAUUGUCAUGCAUGUUGCAGCCUGCUGCUGAGACUAGUUGGAUAAGCAAGUCCAGAAUGCAUCCCUCUGUAAUGCCCAGAAGUGCAUUGGCACAUUCUGCUGUUCUACACUUGUGUCCCACCAAGUAUAGCUAAUUGUUUAGUGAACCUAUACGCGAAUGUUGUUUGCCUAUUCAUCUUGUGUCCACCCUUGCAGCUCUCUACAAUGCUGUUAUUUCAUGAUUUACAGUGAUGACAUUUUGUUAUUCAUGUUGCUGCUGGGGCUGUGAACUGUUGCUUAGGCUUGGUCUUCUGCUUCUGCCUCCUUAUGUCGCCUAUCUCGUUUCGACAUGUGAUUACUUUUCCCCUUAAUCCAGUUUGAGGGCUGGAAAUGGCCUCAACUUAAUCUCAUAUGGCCCGUGGCCACAUGAGCCCUUCCAUUUGGAAAUGCCCUGCAAACAAUAUAGACCCUUCACAGCAGCAACAUGUUAGCUCCACUUAUCGGGUACUACAAGGAUAUUUUUUAGACUUGGCAACAGCGUCUAGUUUUAGCGCAUAAUGGCCUCUUGUAGCGACAGAAGUGACCACGAUAGGUGCCAAUGUGUGUAGUUGCCGAUACCCAAAGGGAUUUGAAAGUGUUCUUCGGCUAUCGCUAAAGAAGAGGUUCCCUCCCCAGCCUCCCACUCAUACGGCCCCGAUGUCAUAUGUGCUAUUUGUUAUAGGUUUUGGGUUUUAUAUGUGUCUGUGUAAUUUUCUGUAGCUGUGAUCUAUGGGGUGGGUCCAAUGGCUAUAGGAUUAUGGGCUAUAGGUUCUGCGUUAAGAACUCAAGAUCUCAAGGUGCUGGCAUAUGUAUGUUGAACUUCUUUCACACCGUACGUAGCCACCCAUGCUUAUCUGGACCAGUGGAAAUCCAUGGUUACACUUAUUUUUUCUCCACAGGAGUGAGGUGGCAGACGGUGGCGACGUUGAGACGCAGAGAUCGGAGGCUCUCGUAUGCGAGACUGUACACGUGUUUGUGUUGGUUACCUAUCGGCAUACAGAGCAGUACCUGUAGUCUGAGGAUUAUCCCGCUGUCCAUAUGGGUUUUCCGAGGCAAACUGGUUUCCUCCCGUAUUAGACAAACAUGUGUACCUUGCUGCUAACUUUUAUAGAAAUACGUCUAGACAGAUUCACAAUACAUGUGCGUAUUCUGAACAAAAUUGCAUAGCCUAAAAAACACCAGGUGGUGAGAUUGUCAAACGUCACCAAGUGGAUGCUAUAGUGAGCACCGUUUUGCCUUGUGUGGGGACAAAUUUAAUCAAAAACUAGGGUUUGUAAAGUUUUUCUUCAUAUUACCCAUCACCGAAUGGACACAUUUUUGGCUAAAAAACAGUUACCGGUUUUCCGCAUACAGCAAUAUGGAGCAAUAAACACACAACUUCUUUUAAUUUUUAAUGGAGAAAUAAAGGGAGUUCCUGGGGUGUGAGGUUAGCACACUGAAGUUGCAACCCAGAGGUCACUGGUUCAAUUCGAUUUCUACACAUGACAGUUGAAACAGGGAAUGUGUUUUAAACACCCUCCAGCCUCUGUUCACCCUGCAAUAGAAACGGGUUGACCAGUCAAUCGGCACACACACCUCCGAUUAGCGCAGUUGGCUAUAUACGGUGCAAAAGAAGUUCAACAUACAUGGUGGAGUAAAGUAUGGGUACACCCGCCUCUUCCAAGACUUUUGAUUAGUGUCGAAGAGUAGGCCAAAUACCCCCUAGAGCUCCCUCUAGUGGAGGCUCUUCCACCAGCAGUGGUGUGAGUGAGCAAUUGCAGGAUUGCACCUGUAACUUUAAACAGAAAUUCGGUCAAAUUAACCUUAUGGCGGUACCUCGUGGUACCAUCGUACCCCGGCUCUCGCACGAUGUCUGUGAUGCAGUCAUUCUUAGUCUGUUGAUGGUCGGCGGUGCGGCAAUCGACUCAUCUCGACGAGCUGUACACGAUGCACUAUUCAAAGUUGAAUUUUUCGAUAAGGGAUUUUUUUAAUGCUAAUGUUUGGCGAUUCAACAUCGCGGAGUAGCACUGAUUUCGGAUUGAUUGGUACCCCAGUCGCGUAGUUAAGUACACCCCAGAAAAAAUAGUGUCCCAGAAAUAAAAUAUUUAAUUGCCUCGGCCAUUUUGUAUUAUUUGGUACCCCGGGGUACCGCCAUAAGGAUCAAAUGUCCUGAGGCCACCAUACGCUUGUGUGUUUGUGUGUGCCGAUCAGUACAUUUAUUAUUAAUAUCCACUGCAAAUAAUUACCGAUUAACGACUUUAGGAACCAGUAAUCGAUUCUGAAGAUGGUUACCAGUUUACCAGUUGUAAAACAACCCAAGUAUAAAAAUGCACCGUGUGUUUGCCCAUAAAACAUAAAGGGCAAAAUACUUAAACAUCUAAAGCAGAACCCUCGUGAAGGCAAAUUGAGACUUGGUCAGCUUCAUUGGUUACGUAAACGACUGGCGUUAUGAUAAUACAGUACGAGGUUUUUACAGAAUUCAACACCAAAUGACAAUUUAUAUUCUUGUAAGGUGAAGAGGGCAAGGUAAGGAACAAGUCAGGGCAUACGACAAAUGCAUACGAUGCUUGUCCUGUAAAAUAAAGAGUUGAUAUAACACGA